AUGAGUGUUGGAAAGAGCACUACAUUGAAUGCGAUGUUUCGGGGGACUUACAGCCCGGGCGAACACUUUGAAAAGCUAGAGUCAACCAUCAUCGAUGUUCCUUUCAAAAACUUUGGAGGGAAGAUUCGUGAUGACACAGACUUGUUCGUGUGCGAUGUUCCUGGGCUUGACGAAAGCUCCAAGGUGGAAGCUUAUGUCCGCGAGCAUUGGGCAUCAUACGAUCUUGUCAUCUCUGUUUUGGACGUGACUGUUCCCGCUGAAAAGCCCGAGAAUCGAAAGCUCUUGGAGUUGAUCAAAGAGCUUUCCAAUGAGAAGGGAGACAUUCCUGAGAAGGAAGACAUUCCUGUGAAGCGAGACAUUCCUCACUUUAGCCUGCUCAACAAAGUCGAUGAGCCCAAAAACAGGGGAACGCAAGAGAGCUUGGCCCACAUGUUCUACGCAACACGCAAUAAGGAUAUCAAAGAAUUCGAAAACUGCCCAAUGGACUUGAUUGACCAGGUGGGCCAAGACCCCUGCAUGGGCAGGCGGGAGUGGAGAAAUCAAUCGACGGAACAAAAGUACAAGAAAGUGUACGACCACUUUACUAUCGCUGACGUGACGACAGCGGAAGAGCGCCUCAAAGAGACCAACUUUGAGACAUUCCUCGAAUCGUUCAAACAGGUUGUGUUUGGGGUUGACAAUCAACGGCAACUGAUCCAAACGAAACUUGAGUUCAACCUUAGGCACCUUGGAGACGAGUCCAAGGGCCUGGGUGGUCUCAUCGAGAAUCACCAGAAACUCUAUGAACAGCUCCAAGCACUCGGAGUGCCCACUGAUUCUCUCCCUGAUGCAGUUUGGAAAUCAUAUGAUAUUGGUUGGACAUCGGAGAAGGAAAAAGCCGUCGAAAAGCUCAACGAGUUGAUCCGCCACCAGAUAAAUCUGGUUGUGGAAAAGGCAAGUGGGCAGGUCAAGAAAUUUGGGGGCUCGAGCAGUCAAGCUGCACAAAUUGCCCACAUAGACGAAGCCCCCGUGGACUUCAAGAAUAUGACUUGGCUCGAAUGGGACCUGGUGCUUCAGGACCUGGGCAUGGCCCUUGCAGAUCUGAAGAGCGAGUUUUGUCGCGAACUCCAGUGUAUUGACCGCCUUCGCAGCAGCGUCAAGGACCAAAUGUUCAAUGAUCCCUCUGUGCAUGCAGCCACGGCAGUGCAAGUGUCCUCGAAGGGUGUGCUCGAGCCCAUUGACCAAACUGCAUACGAUAAGUUCAGCCGGUUGCCUGUGACAACAAGCUUGGAGGAUCCACAGAGCUGGGCGUAUUUGGUUUGUGAGUACUGCAGAUUUCUCAAGGAGUGUAGCAAGUGUGAUGGACCGGAUGCUCCCAUGCAGGAUGCUACCAACAUGGAGAUGGUGACUGACAACCCAACAUUGGAUCGCUCGGUUGAAGAUCCAGCCACCUUGGCUCCUUCUGACGCUGAUUGCGACGGUGAAAGGCCCGUAAGCAAGAAGCAGAAAGUAGCCCACGAAGAACACGACAACGACAACAUUUCAGUCGAGGGAGUGACCACAAAGGAGUGUGUUGGGACGACGGUGGCCCCAAAGAUUGAUGUGAAUGCUUCGGCUCUCUACGAUGAUAAGGCUCGUGCUGAGACAAGCCCCACGUCUGUCCUUGAUGACAAGACCUGA